AUGUCUGCACUAGCCAAGCGCCCUACUCACUACACCGGUCCGCCGAUUGGAGCGCAGCCCGAGACUCCGCCGCCGACUGCGCGAAACAUCGCGAGAACACAGCAGCGCGCGCCACGAGCGAUCGCGAACGGCCAAUACGGAGAAUACAGAACUCAGAACUACAUUUCCCACAAUGCAACCGCGCGAUCGGGGGAGGAGACCCGGAUGUGGCGGGACGGUCAAGAUAACAUGAUCAAUGAUCUAAAAGCCUUUAAAAUGAGUAGUGACAAAGUCAACACCCUCCACUUCCUUCUGUACGGACCCACUGGAUCAGGAAAAUCCAGUGUCAUAGACACCAUCAAGACCACUUUUAAAGGACGUCUGUUCAUCAACUUUCUAGCUGCCUCAGAAAUAUCUGAUACAAGUCAUACCAAAUGUGAUAGAUUGCUUCCUUUCGCUUUCCAUGAUAUCAGGGGCCUAGAAAAGGAAGACAGAAAUGGAGUGCAUACUCAGGACAUCAUCAGCGCUUUAGAAGGCCACAUGAAAGAGGGCUAUGAGUUAAACCCGAUUCCUCUGUCUAAAGACAACCCGUAUUACAUCAAACAUCCCAGCCUGAACGAUCAGAUCCACUGCCUGGUGAACGUCAUACCAGCAGACACGAUUUCAAUGAUCAAAGACGAUUUCAUCCAACAUAUGAAGAAAGUCAGAGAAGAGGCCAGCAGAAUGGGAAUCCCGCAGGUGGUUUUUAUGACGAGAGUGGACCGUGCAUUCCCACUGACGAAGAAAGAUCUCCGCAGCAUCUACAAAAGCAGGAAGAUCAGGGAAAAAGUUCGUGAGUGUAGCAUGUCACUGGGUGUCCCAGUGAACUGCAUCUUCCCUGUGUGGAACUAUCACGAGGAGACGGAAAUCAAAGAGGAGAUAAACUGCCUGAUGCUGCACGCCUUGACAAAGAUCGUACACUUUGCUGACGACUACAUAGUCGAACGUUCUGAAAAACAAACAUCUUUCAAGUUUUGA